AUGUCUCAGGUUGGCGUCCUCUCUGCAAUCACUCCCAUGGACUCUUCCAAUCUCCCGAAAGGUAAUCUUCUCUCUCUACGUCCAUACCCUUCUCAGGUUGUUUCCUUCCGUCCUCAUUCUCACACUAGAAACCCUAGCUCUCCAACCACGAGUCCAGAAAUACGCCCACCACAGCCGAGAAAAAAGAGCUCCGUCAACCCCGACGGGUUCCAGGGAGCUCGCGAGCUUCUCAAUCGGAUUCCCCGAACGCGACCUUUUCCGCCCAUUUUCAACAUCAACACGGCGUUAGGGACUCUUGCGAAAAGGUGUCAUUACGCGGAGGCUCUUUCUCAUUUCGGAAACUUGCAGUCGCAAGGCGUUCGUGUAAAUUUCUAUACAUUGAGCAUUGCAAUUAACUGUUACUGUCACGUGAAUCGAGUUGGUUUCGGGUUCUCUCUGUUAGGCGGCCUCUUCAAACGCGGUUAUAAGCCUCAUGUUGCUAUCUUUAACACCCUGUUACGAGGGCUUAUUUCAGAAGAUAAAGCUGCUGAGGCCGUGGAGUUAUUCGAGAAGUUAAUGAGGAGGAGAGAGAUUGAACCCAACGAGGUUACGUAUGGGACGAUUAUUAUUGGGCUCUGCAAGAAGAGAAACACGGGAGCUGCUGUUCGGUGGCUUAGGAUCAUGGAAGAGGGAAGUUGUAAACCAAACACGGUAGUGUAUAACACGAUCAUUGACGGUCAUUGCAAGGAUGGAAUGGUGGAUGAUGCUUUGAGCCUUUUUUGCCAAAUGAAAGAGAAAGGGGUUCACCCAGAUGUUGUUACUUAUAGCUCUUUGAUUCAUGGCUGA